AUAGCACAAAGGAACCGCCUUGGUCUGAUUGGCCAGUCUAGUGGCCCCGGGGCGGGUAGCGUCUGUCACUCGGGAGGUUGUGGGCACUCUUAUUGGCUCAUCCGGUGUGGGGCGGGGCCCGGACGCCCGGCUAAAUAGCUGGGGCCGGGGCCGGCCGAGGCCCAUUGCUUUGGCGCCGUCUGGGGAGCACGAGCCCGCGGGUGGCGCGCAGCGCAUGGUGGCGGCUCCUCUCGGAGCGCAGCCGACCCGCUGACCCGGGCUCCGUUUCCCCUGACCAGCGCGUCCCGGAGGCCGGCUGGAGGCCGAAACAGCAGCAGCAUUAGCAGCAGCAGCGGUCGCGGCUGCUCCGCCGCCGCCGUCUCCGCGGGAGCAUGGAGUGCGCCCUGGACGCCCAGAGCCUGAUCAGCAUCUCCCUGCGCAAGAUCCACAGCUCCCGGACCCAGCGCGGCGGCAUCAAGCUGCACAAGAACCUCCUGGUGUCCUACGUGCUCCGCAACGCGCGCCAGCUCUACCUGAGCGAGCGCUACGCCGAGCUCUACCGGCGCCAGCAGCAGCAGCAACAGCAGCAGCCGCCCCACCACCAGCACCAGCACCUCGCGUACGCGGCGCCGGGCAUGCCGGCCAGCGCGGCCGACUUCGGCCCGCUCCAACUUGGCGGCGGCGGGGACGCGGAGGCGCGCGAACCUGUCGCCCGGCACCAGCUGCACCAGCUCCACCAGCUCCACCAGCUGCACCUCCAGCAGCAGCUGCACCAGCACCAGCACCCGGCGCCCAGGGGCUGCGCGGCGGCGGCGGCCGGGGCGCCCGCGGGCGGCGCGGGGGCGCUCUCGGAGCUGCCCGGGUGCGCCGCGCUCCAGCCGCCGCACGGCGCGCCCCACCGCGGGCAGCCCUUGGAGCCGCUGCAGCCGGGUCCUGCGCCGCUGCCGCCGCCCGCGCCCGCCGCGCUCUGCCCGCGGGACCCUCGCGCCUCGGCCGCCUGCUCCGCGCCCUCCGCGCCCCCAGGGGCCGCCCCUCAGGCGGCUACCGCCGCCUCCCCGCCCGCCUCCCCGGCCCCCGCCUCCUCCCCCGGCUUCUACCGGGGCGCGUACCCGGCCCCCUCGGACUUCGGCGUGCACUGCAGCAGCCAGACCACCGUGCUGGACCUGGACACUCACGUGGUGACCACGGUAGAGAACGGCUACUUGCACCAGGACUGCUGCGCCUCCGCCCACUGCCCCUGCUGUGGCCAGGGCGCCCCGGGACCCGGCCUGGCGUCCGCCGCCGGCUGCAAGCGCAAGUAUUACCCAGGCCAGGAGGAGGAGGACGACGACGACGAGGACGCGGGCGACCUGGGGGCCGAGCCCCCCGGGGGCGUCCCGUUCGCCCCCUGCAAGCGCGCCCGCUUCGAGGACUUCUGCCCGGACUCGUCCCCGGACGCGUCCAACAUCUCAAACUUGAUCUCCAUCUUUGGCUCGGGCUUCUCCGGGCUAGUGAGCCGACAGCCGGACUCCUCUGAGCAGCCGCCGCCGCUCAACGGGCAGCUGUGCGCCAAGCAGGCGCUCGCCAGCCUCGGCGCCUGGACUCGAGCCAUUGUCGCCUUCUAGGGACCCCCGAGGGCACGGGGACCCGGGGCCCCGCGGGGCUGGGGCCAGACAAAGACUCGGCCAAGGGGCGAGCGGAGGGAACGAACGGGCGCCCGGCCACUCGGGGCUGAGCUGGGGGCGAGCAGAGGGAGAUGGCUGAUGUUUUAUAAAUUGUAAAAUAAAAGAAAAAGAAAUCUAA